GAAUGCAAAGAGAUGUUGACCACAAAAAAAUCAGAAGACCGAAGAAGCCAAUCGAUAUCCAUUGCUUCCAGAACAAGAUGACGAAGAUCUAAGAAACCGCAGGCAAAGUCUUUGCUUAGCGAACGUGGGUGGGAUUAGCGAAGCUGAGCGAUCGAGCAGACAUGGCUUCUCUGGCGUUCUACGGCGGUCUGACCGCGCUGCUGCUGGCGGUGGCGUGGGCGUUUCGGAUGCUGAACUGGGCGCUGUUGCAGCCGCGGCGGCUGGAGCGCGUUCUCCGGUCUCAGGGCCUCAAGGGCUCCUCCUACCGCCCCCUCAGAGGCGACCUCAAGGACAUGGUGCGGCUCGCCGAGGAGGCCCGCUCCAAGCCCAUGCCCUCCUUCUCCCACGCCAUCUUCCCCCGGGUCAGCGCCUUCUUCAGCCGCGCCGUCGAGACCUACGGGAAGGAGAACAAGGUGACUUUCCACUGGAUGGGGCCGCUUCCCAGAGCUUUGAUCGCUGAUCCUGAUCAAGCGAGGGAGGUCAUGGCCAUCAAGAGCGGCGAGAUCGGGAAGCCGAACACCAACUACAUGAUAAGAUACUUUUUGCGAGGCGUGGUACGACAAGAAGGCGAUAAGUGGGCAAAGCACCGCAAGAUCUUGAACCCCGCUUUCCAUAUAGAGAGGUUAAAGCGGAUGUUGCCUGCUUUCUCUUCCUGUUGUGAUGAGCUGAUCGACCAGUGGGAUAAGCCGGCGGCGACAGGUAAGGAAGUGGAUGUUUGGGUUGAUUUGCAGAACUUCACCGGAGAUGUCAUUUCCCGGACUGCUUUCGGUAGCAGUCUUGAGGAAGGAAGGAGAAUUUUCCAGCUUCAUGAUGAGCAGGCUCUGCUCGUCGCCAGUGCCAUGUCGAAGGCAUUUACUCCAGGUUACAAGUAUUUGCCCACCCGAACAAACACUAGAGCUAAAGAAAUCGAUAAAGAGGUGAGAGAUAUUCUUCUGCGCAUAAUAAAAAAUAGGGAGGAGAGCAUGAAAUCAGGCAACGCAAAGAACGACGACCUUUUGGGCAUGUUGCUGGAGUCCAAUCAGCAACACCUCCAGGAGCACGCCGACGCCGGGUUGACCACCGACGAGGUGGUGGAAGAAUGCCGACUGUUCUACUUCGCAGGCCAAGAGACGACCUCUCUGCUUCUGACGUGGGCGAUGGUGGUGCUGAGCAUGCACCAAGAUUGGCAAGAACGAGCGCGCGAGGAGGUUCUGCAAGUUUUCGGAAAAGAGAAGCCAACUUUUGACGGAUUGAGCCAUUUGAAGACCGUGACGAUGAUUCUGUACGAGGUGCUGAGGCUCUACCCGCCGGCGAUUGGGAUGCAGCGGCAGGUGUUCAAGAGCGUGAAGAUUGGGAACGUGGUCUACCCGCCCGGCGUGCUGAUCUUCCUGUCCGUGAUCCAGAUGCACCACGACCCUGACUUCUGGGGCCAAGACGUGGAGGAGUUCAAGCCGGAGAGAUUCGCCGAGGGAGUGUACAAGGCGUCGGAGAAGAAUGCAUUCUUCCCCUUCGGCGGCGGCCACCGGAUCUGCAUCGGCCAGAACUUCGCGUUGCUGGAGUCCAAGAUGGCGCUCUGUCGGGUCCUUCAACGCUUCGCCUUCGAGCUCUCGCCGUCGUACACUCAUGCGCCGUACACUGUCCUGACUCUCAAGCCUCAGCACGGUGUUCCGAUCAGGUUGCGCCCCCUUUCCCUUUGAUAUGACCAGUCGAGUUGUAAUCUUAUACUGCUAUUUCUUCACUUGAAUAAUCAAAGAACUUUCUAGUUUAAAAAAAAUAAAUAAAUGAAGAACCAGUGCAUGAAACUUUCGUCAUA